CGCCGCCGGGCACCGGGCACCGGGCACGCAGCGAGCCGGGGAUGCGAGCUGCGCCCGCGGCAUGGCAGCCCCAGGGGUGCUCGGAAGAUGCGACAUCCUCAUCGUCUACAGCCCAGAUGCCGAGGAAUGGUGCCAGUACCUGCAGGACCUUUUCCUGUCCAGUCGGCAGGUCCGCAGCCAGAAGAUGCUGACCCACAGGCUGGGCCCCGAGGCCUCCUUCUCGGCCAACGACCUGAGCCUGUCCCUCAGUGCCCGCUGCGUGGUGGUGCUGCUGUCCGAGGAGCUGGUGCAGCACUUCUACCGGCCGGCCCUGCUGCCCCUGCUGCAGAGGGCCUUCCACCCACCGCACCGCGUGGUGCGGCUGCUCUGCGGGGUGCGGGGCAGCCAGGAGUUCCUGCGCUUCUUUCCAGACUGGGCCCACUGGCAGGAGCUCACCUGUGAUGACGAGCCCGAGACGUAUGUGGCAGCUGUGAGGAAGGCCAUUUCUGAAGAUUCUGGCUGCGACUCAGUCACCGACACCGAGCCUGAGGACGAGAAGCCCUACUCGAGGCAGCAGAGCCUGUCACUGGAGACUUCACCUGGAAACCUAAUGGUGGUGCAGCCGAACCGCAUUCGCUGUGGGGCAGAAACCACUGUCUACGUUAUUGUGAGAUGUAAGUUGGACGAGAGGGUGACAACGGAAGCAGAGUUUUCUCCCAAGGACUCUCCCUUGAUAAGGGUGGAAGCCCAGCUGGAGAAUGAGUACACCAUUUCCGUGAAGGCUCCCAACCUUUCAUCUGGGAAUGUUUCUCUGAAGAUCUAUUCUGGGGACUUAGUGGUGUGUGAAACCAUCGUCAGCUAUUAUACUGACAUGGAAGAAAUUGGGAACCUAUUGUCCAAUGCUGCGAAUCCUGUGGAAUUCAUGUGUCAGGCCUUUAAAAUUGUGCCCUACAACACAGAGACCCUUGAUAAACUACUAACCGAGUCCCUGAAGAACAACAUCCCUGCAAGUGGACUGCACCUCUUUGGCAUCAACCAGCUGGAAGAAGAAGAUAUGAUGACAAAUCAGAGGGAUGAAGAGCUGCCCACCUUGUUGCAUUUUGCUGCAAAGUAUGGACUGAAGAACCUCACUGCCUUGUUGCUCACCUGCCCAGGAGCCCUCCAGGCGUACAGUGUGGCCAACAAGCACGGCCACUACCCCAACACCAUCGCCGAGAAACAUGGCUUCAGGGACCUGCGGCAGUUCAUCGACGAGUACGUGGAAACCGUGGACAUGCUGAAGAGUCACAUUAAAGAGGAGCUGAUGCAGGGCGAGGAGGCCGACGCGGUGUACGAGUCCAUGGCCCACCUUUCUACAGACCUGCUCAUGAAAUGCUCCCUCAACCCCGGCUGUGACGAGGAUCUGUACGAGUCCAUGGCUGCCUUCGCCCCGGCUGCCACCGAAGACCUUUAUGUUGAAAUGCUUCAGGCCAGUGCAUCUAACCCAAUCCCCAGAGAUAGUUUCUCUCGGACCACUAAGGACUCUAUGAUUCGCAAGUUUUUAGAAGGCAACAGCACGGGAAUGGCCAGUUUGGAGAGAGAUGCACGCCAUCUUGGUCGGGAAGAAGAUGUUUAUCACAUGGUGGAUGAUGAUGAGGCUUUUUCCAUGGACCUGGCAAGCAGACCCCCCGUCCCAGUGCCCAGGCCAGAUGCCAGUGCUCCUAGUGCUCACCAGCUGCCCGACAAUGAACCAUACAUUUCUAAAGUUUUUGCAGAAAAAAGUCAAGAGCGGCCCGGGAAUUUCUAUGUUUCCUCAGAGAGCAUCAAGAAAGAGCCGCUCGUCAGACCGUGGAGGGACCAGCCCCAGUCAAGUAUAUAUGAUCCUUUUGCUGGCAUGAAAACACCAGGUCAGCGGCAGCUUAUUACCCUCCAGGAGCAGGUGAAGCUGGGCAUUGUCAACGUGGAUGAGGCCGUGCUCCACUUCAAAGAGUGGCAGCUCAACCAGAAGAAACGAUCUGAGUCCUUUCGCUUCCAGCAGGAAAAUCUUAAACGGCUAAGAGAGAGCAUCACCCGAAGACAGAGAGAGAAGCAAAAAUCAGGAAAGCAAACAGACUUGGAGAUCACAGUCCCAAUUAGGCACUCACAGCACCUGCCUGGGAAAGUGGAGUUCGGAGUCUACGAGAGUGGCCCCAGGAAAAGCGUCUUCCCCCCAAGGACGGAACUCAGACGAGGAGACUGGAAAACAGACAGUACCUCCAGCACAGCAAGCAGCGUGAGUAACCGAUCCAGCACCCGGAGCCUCCUCAGUGUGAGCAGCGGGAUGGAGGGGGACAACGAGGAUAAUGAAGUUCCCGAGGUUACCAGAAGUCAUAGUCCAGGCCCCCCACAAGUGGACGGAACACCCACCAUGCCCCUAGAGAGGCCCCCCAGGGUGCCUCCUCGAGCUGCCUCACAGAGGCCUCCAACCAGGGAGACCUUCCAUCCUCCUCCACCUGUUCCCCCCAGAGGUCGCUGAUUCCACCUCCUAACGCCCGCCUACUUCAGGACUUUAAGGCUGUUAAUGAUGUCUUCAUGUUGAGUUUUAUGGCAUGACUGCUGACCUUAAGAUCCACUUUUUGCUGAUAUUGUUGCAGCUUUGCUAGUUUGGACUUUCCUUGAAGAAGACAUUAUGAAGACAUCAUGCAGAAGUGAAAAACUAAGAGCAUUGUUCACUAUGGCCAAGUACAUUGAUCCAUAUACUUGUUUGCCAAAAGGAUGAAGACUUAAUCAGAGUACUUACCUCUAAUUUGCCCUAUCAGAAGCCUAAAAAGAUUGAUUAGAAAUGUACCUUACAACUGGUUUUACUGAAAUGUACUUGCAUUAGUCCUUACAUAUUUGCUAGUCUGGUCUAAUUUCUUGAAGAGGUUAUAGGAUUUAUGGUAUCCAAGUAAAGAUAUGUCCUAAUUUGUAAAUAAUUCUUCCACUUUUCUGUAUAUUCAGGAGGGUGUUUAAGUGCUAGGGCUGAUCACAUACGGCAAACUGAAAAAGCCUUUAAAGGUGGAUUAGUACUAACUCCUCUUACAUAGAAGGCAAAUCUGAGGUUCCACAGAAGUCUGGAACCAAGAGUACUCAGUUGGUUAGAGGAAGAAGUGGGUCUAAAAUCUGGGCCUGCUGAUUCUAGGACACCACAUUUUCUAUUUCUGAACAGCCAAUUCCUCUCUCUCUGAAGAAAUGCCCAAAAGUAGAAAUUUCAUCAUUGACUGACUAUGGCCUUUUGGAAGUUUCCUUUUACCAUAUCUUCCAGGCAUGGGACUCCCAAGUAUUUUUUUCAGUUUGGGCAUUUAUACUUCAGAAUGCUUUCAGAACAGAGAUGUUUCAAGGCAACACCUAAAAAUGGUUGGUAACCAGAAAAUUGGGAUGCUAGAGACCCCAUUUAUUGCUCAAUAGUCCAUUUAGGUCUUAGAUCUGGCCAUCGAGAGAGGAGGAUUCUUGACUUUUUCUCUGCUGCAGGGUCUGAAGAGGAAGAAAGAACCUAAAAUAGAAAUAGUUAUCUAUUUCCUUACACACUUAUUCUUACUACCAAGUUUGGUACAUCUGUUUGAGCAGAGAAUGUAGAGCCUUAAAUAUGUCAUGAAUUUUGAGUCCCUGGCACAUAAAUCUACCUUCAAAGCACAAGUCCUUAAUCAUACCUAAACAUACAGUAAAAUUAGCAUCAGAACUAUUUCUUUAAAAAGUAUCAGAAAUCUGGUUGUUUCCUAUGAAAUUACUCUCCAUACUACACAGAUAUAUAAAAGCCACAUUGUUAAUGAUCCAUUUAUGUACAGUUUUAUUGGGUCCUUUUCUAACGAUUAAAGGUUCUUUCUCACUCUUAUUCCUCAGUCGAGCAAACAAGUCUUAUUGAAGUUAGCUUCUGGAGUUUUGGGGUUAUUUUAUUUUACUUUUUUCUGAUGUAAGAUACACUGUUGGCUAUGUCCAUCAUCAGAGGAUUUGUACAAAUUAUCUUAUACAAGGCCUGGUACACGUAGCCAUUCUGCAAGUGUUCCUCCAAUGGUCCCUUUACUCUCCUUGCCACUUAACUUGGGAGAAAUAGGGGAAUGUGAGACAAAGAGAACAAGCAAUUACAGUGUUGGUAUGAUUGUCCUCCCUGUUAUUUAUAAACAGUCUCCAUCUCAAACACAUUUGAUUUUGACAAAAGUGACACUUUUUUUUUCACAUUCAAUACCUCUAAGCCCCCUUUUGG